GUUUGAGUGGACCUGCCGCACAUAUUCUGUCCAUGGCGCCGCCGUCCAACCCGUUUGUGGAUGGUCCGCCGCUGAAGAUUCGCAAUGUGACCGUCCGUGGCAACAAGCGAACGAGCCCGACCCUGUUCGACAAUGAACUCCAGAGUGCCUACUCUGCCACGACGUUUGGCGGUGUGAUGGAGUCUCUCAAUGCAGCCGCACUGGAACUACGCGCGUUUGGGAUAUUCGAUUCGGUGGACAUCUUGUUGGAGAAAACUGCCGACGGUACCCGCAACGAGACGGAUGUCGUGAUCACGGUCAAGGAAUCGCGCAUGCUGUCGUUGUACGCUGGUGUCGAGUCGUCCGGCGCCGAAGGCACUGCGAACACCAAGUGCACGCUCACAAACCCGUUGGGUCAUGCCGAGAAGAUCGAAUUGAGCGCCGCGCACGGGCAAUACGGCAGCGAUGGGCAGAACUUUUCAUACCGGCGACCAAAGUUCCUCGGCCGUCCUUGGUGGUUUACCGCGUCUGCCGCCAACGAAGUGCAGGUGCAUGAGCGCUUUAGCUCGUUCCGUGAAAAAUUCCGCGGUGGAACCGUGUCUGUCAGCGACUACAACGGUGUCCACGAUCUGGCUUUCAACCUAGGAUGGCGCGACAUAGUACCCGUCCGGAACAAGAAAAUCCCCAACACUUAUGCCGCUUCACCAAGCAUCAUGGCGGAAGCAGUGCCGUCGACCAAGAGCAGUGUCAAGUACACGUACAACGACGACCAGCGCAACGAUCCGACGCUUCCGACGUCUGGCCGCCUCCUUCGCGCCAGUGCCGAAGUAGCUGGGCUAUGGGGCGACGUUCAGUUUGUCAAAGGGGAAGCCGAAGUCCAGCACAACAUCCCCAUCGGCCCCGUGGCAUUCCACCAUCCCAUUUUCAACAUCAUGCUGUCGUCGCGGGUCGGCGCCGUCCACUCGUACGGCACCGAUAAACUCCGUCCAGCGCGGAUCUCGGACCGAUUCUUCUUGGGCGGCCCGCUCUCUCUGCGCGGGUUCAACCACAAGGGCGUGGGGCCCCGUGCAAACCCAGAUGACGGCGGGGUCAAAACGGGGGAUGCGCUCGGCGGCGAAGUGUUUUACAGCGUCGGUGCCAGCUUGGGCUUUCCGUUUCCCCUCCCCCUCUUGGCGUUGCUCGGGGUGCGAGGCCACGUGUUUGCAAAUGCCGGUAGCCUCCUGGCGUGGAACCGUAUCUUGGACGAAAAGGCCUGGAUCAAGAACAUCCUCGACGACUCGCGCGCCGCCGCGGGGGUCGGCGUCGUGAUCGCCACGCGGUUUGGCCGCCUCGAAGCCAAUUAUUCGUGGGUGCUCAAGGCUCUGCCGGGGGAUCGUGUCAAGCGAGCUCAAAUUGGACUCGGUUUACAUUUCAUUUAGAGCGAUAAACCACAUUCGACCAUAUCACGACCAAUGUGAAAUACGAAUGGCUAUAAUGAUUCAAAUACAAAAAAGUCGAUGGAA